AGAACUCAGUCAUUACACAGAAUACUGAAAGUGUUGAAAGACGUUUUAUGCUGAGCCCCCUAUUCAGCAUAGGACUUGCAAUAUGGCUUUAAUUAAACAACUCUUGAGUUUAUACUUACUGUUUCUGCUUGUGGGUGGAAAUGUGGUCCUUACAAUAACAGCCACAUCUGCUCCCAUUACAAAUGUAACAGCCACAUCUGCUCCCAUUACAACUGUAACAGCCACAUCUGCUCCCAUUACAAAUGUAACAGCCACAUCUGCUCCCAUUACAAAUGUAACAGCCACAUCUGCUCCCAUUACAAAUGUAACAGAACAAAACACAUCUGCUUCCACUAUACCUGUAACAGGUGAAACCACAUCUACUCCCACUACACCUGUAACAGAGACAGCCACAUCUACUCCCACUACACAUGUAACAGAACAAGACACAUCUGCUUCCACUAUACCUGUAACAGAGCAAGACACAUCUGCUUCCACUAUACCUGUAACAGAGGAAGCCACAUCUGCUCCCAUUACACCUGCAACAGGUGAAACCACAUCUGCUCCUUCUACACUUGCACCAGGUGAAACCACAUCUGCUCCUUCUACACCUGCACCAGGUGGAACCACACCUGCUCCCACUACACUUGCACCAGGUCCAUGUGCCUCUAACUCUUGUCCAUUUGGCAGCACUUGUCAAGAACUCCUGCAUAAUUACACAUGUGUGUGUCAACCGGGACUGUUCUACAAUGAAGUGCAGAAAGUUUGUUAUCUAGCAAAGACUUUCCCAACCGAGUUAAAAUUGGCAGAGAGCUUUCAGCAAGGAAUGGAAGACCAGAACUCAUUAAUAUUCAAACAAACAGCAGAUGAAAUUCUUAAUGCGCUUCAGGAUGCUUUCAAGGAUAUUGAUUAUCUUGGAUCCACAGUGUUGAGUCUAAAAAAAGGCAGUGUGAUAGCAGAUGUAGAGAAUUUCUUCAGCCCCACAUCAGAGGUUACUGCAGACACUGUAAAGAAACACUUAAGUGAAGCAAUUAAGAAGCCUGGGGUUUUAUUAGGCGCUAAUGUCAUGUAUGACAACAUAUGCAAUAAAGGAUACUGUCAUGAUGAAAGCACAAACUGUGAUCCCGGCAGUGGUCUAGCUUCAUGCACAUGCAGGGAUGGAUAUAUCAAGAUAACGCAAACAAACCAGGCAUGUGCCGCCUGUCCAAGUGGUCAGAAAGCAGUGAAUCAGGAAGAAUGUAAAUUAUGUGCUUUUGGAUUUUCUGGUUUCAACUGUGAAGAUCCAUAUCUCUUAAUCCUGGUUGUGGUCGCCUGUGUUUUGGGUACACUAUUUCUUGCCACUCUCACAGGUGCUAUUGUCUUGUACACGAGGUCAAAGAAAAUGACCAAAUCUCCAGAAAAAAUACCCGCAAAUGGCAAUCUGGAGUUCACUAAACCUGCAGGAAUUCCCAGGAUCCCACGGGUUAACCCUAAUUCUGGUUGGCAACCAACCAAUCUGGAGAUGACAGACAGUGGAAGUAGACAUGCCCUGGUGACAAAAGAUCGCACAGAGACCACAGCGAUGUGGAACUAUGACUACCCUGAAGACACAAGGAGCUAUAAGACCCAGACACCUUCUAGAACAGGAUAUGCAGCCACAGGAGCUUAUGAUGGCUCCAGGGUCACAAGAAACCCUUACUAUGAUGCAUAUGAUGACAAAAUACGCAGAUACUAAUAUUACAGCUUAUAGAGCUUAAUCUAAUGAUUUCUACAGCAGAAACUCGAUAUAGAUGAUGCGAUAAAAAGCAUUGAUACAAGUGGGAAACAUUUUUAAAGUGUCAAGCCGCAACAUGUGAAUUAUUAGUUGAUAUGAAGCAAAUAAUUAAAGAAAGUCAUUUAGUGAACUAUAUGAUGGACAAAGACAAAUGGAGAACAUUACUAUCAGGGAAGUGUGUGUGUGUGUGUGUGUGUGUGUGUGUGUGUGUGUGUGUGUGUGUGUGUGUGUGUGUGUGUGUGUGUGUGUGUGUGUGUGUGUGUGUGUGUGUGUGUGUGUGUGUGUGUGUGUGUGUGUGUAUGGGACAGUUGAGAUGUGCACAUACCCAAGAUGUGCUCAGUGCUACAUGAUCACAUGAAUGUAUCUUAAUAUCUUAAACUAAAUCAUAAUUUUGUUAUUGUUUUUGAUUUCAGCAAAUAAAUAAAUAAAUAAAUAAAUAAAUAAAUAAAUAAAUAAAUAAAUAAAUAAAUCUCACAUAUUCAAAUAGAAAAAAAAAAGUUAAUUUAUUAUAUUAUGAUUAAAUUGCUUGGAGCUAAAAUAACGGUCCAUUCAGAUCCAGGAGAUGUCACUGUUUAGUGUAGUUUGUUUAUUCCUUCUAAUAAUCUGAAUGAUCAGACUGUGCUUUUGCUGCUUGUGUCUACCGUUUUAAUUGUUAAUUUAUGCUGUUGCCAUUUUUUCUGUUUUUAUGAGUUAACGUCGCCCAGGAUUAAUCUUAGUUACAGCCACUUCAAAACAAGCACAAGUGGUCACUCAAUGACUUUACAAUGUGAUGACACAUUGUGUACAGUACUAUUCCUGCAAAUUCUAUAGGAAUUAGGUAUAUAAAGUGUAUAAACAGAUAUAUAACUGAGAUCAAUAUGGCUGUUGUGUUGCACGUGCUACUCAAAUGAGACAAGCAUAUAUUUAUGUAAAUGAUGAAUACACAAAGCAAUAAAAACAAGUAUUAGUAAAAGGGCAAAAAAAAGACUCUGACAUGUUAAUAAAUGUGUACAAUGUUUUAAUGAUUAGAGUUUGUUCGUGAAAAGAAGGGCUGGUCUGAGUAUUCCACGAAAUGUUGAUCCUCUGGGAAUUUCAUGUGGAUUUAUCUAGAGUUUAUACACACACAAAAGAAAAUGAGUGGCAGUUCAGUGAGGCAAAAUGCCUUCUUGUAGAAUUUUAUAACUGCGUUGCUAAAUGGCUUAUUAUAAUAAUGAGUGAAUGUAACUGGUCUUUCUAAUAAAGUGACUGUUAAGUGUAAA